ACCAAUGACUCCCCCAUCAGCAUCUUCAUCAUCUCCAUCUCUCUGUUAAUUUUAACUUUGUUUUACUAACGAGAUGUUAAGCUAAAUCUCGAUGGACUUUUUUACAUAAAAGUCUUUUUUUUGUAGUUUAUUUUUUCUUGUGGUCAAACAAUCAGCUAAUCUCAAUUAGAAUAGUUUAAUAACUUUAAUUAAUUUAGUUAAUUAGUCAAUUUUUUUUCUAAAUCUGUGUAAUAAUUAUUGCUUGAGUCUAAUUUUAGACUCUUACUAUUGAUCUAAUCCAAAAUUGUGGACAGCAAGAAGAUCUCAAUACAAAUCGGAUUAAGAUGACCAGUGUAUCGAUUAAUGUGAGACCAAUGAAUUGGUUAAUUGUGAUCUCGUUGACUCUUCUAUUCACCUUACAAUUAACACAAUCGGAAGUUCUUAAUCCACCUUAUUUCAAUAUUGCCGAAGGUCGGAAAAUCCAUGCAACCGAAACUUGUGGUGAAAAAGUUGGAAAAGAAUUUUUUUGUAAAAUUAUCGGUUCUAUGUGGACAGAUAACAAUAAUAUUGAUCAUAAUCAGGGUCAAGUUGUUCAGGGUCAAGCUUGUGAUUAUUGUGACCCCAAUGACCCAAAGAAAGCUCAUCCAGCUGAGUUCGCAAUCGAUGGGUCACCCAAAUGGUGGCAAUCGCCGCCAUUGUCACGAGGACCUGAAGCCGCUCGAGUUAAUCUAACAAUUGAUUUAGGACAGGAAUUCCAUGUAGCAUAUGUUUAUAUUUCUAUGGCUAAUUCACCUCGACCAGGCGUUUGGGUUCUCGAGCGAUCUACCGACAGUGGUAAAUCUUUUAAGCCCUGGAUGUAUUUCGCUGAUUCCCGUGAAGAAUGUAUCAAACAAUUCGGCGAAGAAAGUGUUCGACCUUUAAAGCUAGAUGACCAAGUGAUUUGUGAGACCAAAUAUUCAAAGUUAAUUCCCUUGGAAAACGGAGAAAUGGUUGUUUCUUUGAUUGAAAAACGUCCAAGUGGUGAUAAUUUCACCAGUUCUGAGGUUCUUCAAGAAUUUACCAAAGCCACUAAUGUACGACUUAGAUUUAUAAGGCCACAAACGACAUUUGGACAUUUACUGAAUGUUGAUCAAACAGUAACGCGACGAUAUUUUUACAGUAUUCGUGAUAUUAACAUCGGAGGUCGAUGUGUGUGUAAUGGUCACGCUGAGACUUGUGAUGUUACCGAUCAAAAUCAUCCCGAUAAAUUGAACUGUGCGUGUCAACACAACACUGCUGGUGCUCAAUGUGAAAAAUGUAAAACCGGAUAUGUCCAGAAAAGAUGGCGAGCCGCUACACCGGACAAUCCCUUUGAAUGUGAAAAGUGUAACUGUAAUGGUCACUCACAUGAAUGUGAAUUCGAUGAAGAGGUUGAAAAACAAGGAACUUCGAUGGACAUUUAUGGUAAAUAUUCUGGCGGAGGAGUUUGUAUGCACUGUAAACACCACACAACUGGACACAAUUGUCACGAAUGUAAAUUUGGCUUUUAUCGAGCCGAAGGUCGUCCACUUAAUGCCACCGAUGUUUGUACUAAAUGUAAUUGUACGAAAACAAGUCAAACUGGAGGAUGUGAUUCGGGCACCGGUACUUGUCAGUGUAGAGAUAAUUUCAUCAAUGCUCCAGCUUGUGAUGUAUGUGCUUAUGGUUAUUACAAUUUCCCUAAAUGUUUACGGAAAUAAACUUGAAACAUUAAACUAAUUGUAUCGAUUUAAUAAUUAUUACAAUGUUUUUAUUUGUUGUUAAAUCAAAAUCAAGGUCAUAGUUUCUCAAAUGAAAAAGAAAACAAUAAAACAAUUGUCAAAAACAACAAACAAACAAA